UUCUCCUCCUCCUCCUUCUCCUCCUUGUGGGCUCGGAAGUUGAACUUUUUUAUGUACGACACCUGUUGAGUGGCCAGUCGUGCACAGGCAGCCCUCAACGACUCAGGACUUCAAGUCAACGCCAUCCGAUUUUGUUUCCGUGGACGGACUUUUUUGACGUGCACUUUUACGCAUGAGCCAACUGACCCCUGGACUAUUUUAUUUCUCAUUUUCACCCACUUUGACUCCACCGCUGCAUGCCCGGCAUCCCAUUCUUCCGUUUUUAGCGCAUUUUGACUUGUUUUCGUCAACUUUUCACGCAGCUCCCGACGGAUUGAUGGUGAAGAUUAUGUGGAUUCUACUGCGCGUCCGUGCGCCCCAGACGUGCCCGAAGCAGCAGCAGCAGCAGCAACACCGGUGCCCCUGCUGAUCCCCAAGCCUCCCAGUCCCACCUUGCAUGUCCUCCCGCUCCCACCACUCAUCCAAAUGAUCCUUCCAUCACUCCUCAUCCUUCUCGCGUCGCUCCUGCAACAAAGUGUCCCGGAGGCUCAGUCAAGUCAUGUCAGCAAGUUCCACCUUCCAAGCGUCAAGGAGCAAAACGGAGUGCAGGAGUCCCAGCAGGAGAAGGUGAUAAGCGUGUCCGAAGACGGGGGGACGAUCUACAGCCCGGACUUCCCACACAAGUACCCCAGGAAUAUCGAGUUGGUGUGGAGGCUGGUGGCGGCGAGCAACAUGAGGAUUCUGCUCAGCUUCGAUCUCAGGUUCGGCCUGGAAGACCCAGAGGACGGACUAUGCAAGUAUGACUUUGUGGAGCUGGAGGAUCCGAGUGAUAAAACCCUCGUGGGCCGCUGGUGCGGCUCGCAGGCGCCACCCGUGGCUCACCUCUCCAAAGGGAACCAGGUCCGCGUCCGCUUUGUUUCCGAUGAAUACUUCCCAUCCGAGCCGGGCUUCCUCAUCCGAUACUCCCUGCAGCCUGCGGUUUCCCCGGAAGCAGAAUCCGUGGCCGUGCUCCCGCCAUCCCAGCAGGACAUCCAGGAGUUGUCUGCCUCCGUGUCGGGUCUGAGGACGUUGGAGGACGUGAUGAAGUACCUGGAGCCAGACCGCUGGCAGCUGGACAUGGAGGACCUGUACAAGCCUACUUGGCACGUGCUUGGGAAGUCCUUCCUCCACACCAAGAAGGCAAGAGGAGGAGUCGACCUCAAUCUGCUGCGGGAGGAAGCUCAGCUGUACAGCUGCACCCCCAGAAACUUCUCUGUGUCCUUGCGUGAGGAGCUGAGAAGGACAGAUGUCAUCUUCUGGCCCAGCUGCCUCCUGGUGAGGCGCUGCGGUGGGAACUGCGCCUGUUGCUCGCAUCGCUGCUACGACUGCCAGUGUGUGCCCGCCAGGCUCACCAAGAAAUACCACGAGGUUCUGCUGCUGAAGCACCGAAGCGGAGGCCGAGGCCUGCAGAAGUCCAUGACGGACGUGGCCUUGGAGCACCACGAGGAGUGCUCGUGCGUCUGCAAAGACAACGAGCACCCGGCACACGCCGGACACGUCUAAACCACCGCCACUGGACUCCUUUUACGCUGUUGAGGAUGCAAGACUCCAAAAUUCCCUUGGAAGACAAACUGAGCUCCUCACAGAUAAGAAGCGUUUGCUCUUCUUCAGGUGCUUUUUGGCCUCCAUGGGCUGAUCUUGUCACAGAAAACAGGAACGUGUGUCUUUUAUCUUUUGAUGUUUCCUUCCUUCUUGGUGCUUCCAUCGAGAAGAGACGUGCUUUAUCCUGGAAGACGCCAAGGGCCUCGCUAAUGACACCAGUUGAUCGCGUGUAAAUAUUCUCUUUGCAUUUCUCUAAGGUGCCUUUUCUUCCUACCAAAGACACGUCACAAACACCUUCUUUCAACUAUUUAUUUACCUCUGCAGAUAAAAGACGGUUAGCAGCAAAAGCGUUUCUACAUGUCAGGUCUUUGUAGAGAAAGACUCCCUUUUCUUCUUCCAUUUUGCCUUUUUUAUUCAUGUCUCUUCAGUCAUUUGCAUCACUUAUUUAUCUCUGAUUCCCUGCAGCAACUCUUGGUGUAUUCUACUCCACGCAAAUUCUGAAAUAAAGUCUUUCAUU